AUGCGUAUGAUAAAGGAACAUGCGGCACGAUUUGUCGCCUUCGUCAUUCGUGAACCGAUGCUGUUCGUGCAGUACGUGCUAGCAGCGGCCGUAGCGCUAGGCAUGUUCACAUUCGUGAUGCAUUGGAAGGUACAAAAAUCGAUCAAAAAGCAAGAAAAGAUACGUAAACAGAAAGAGAAAAUACUCCGUAAGUUACACGGAAGCCGCAAAAAGGCACAGGAAGAACAGGAAAACAUGCUAGCACUGGAGAAGGACAAGGAUGCAUAA